AUGAAGGUGAUCAACUGGAAUGAUGAUGAUGAGGUCAAUGAUGUUGAUCAUGUUGCUGAAUAUGGAUACCCUCGACAUGGCAUCAAGUCAACGAUCAAAGGUGCCAGGUUGACAGAAAUGCCACUCGACACGAUUCUGCGAUACAACGCUACAGAUAUGUUCAUCGAGACAUUGAACAACAUGAUCAAUGUCGAAGAAUACCCGAUCGUCAAUGGUCUGUUAAAAAAAGCAGCCAUAUACAACAACACAACAGUGUUCAAGUUCUUGUUGAACAACACCGACAUGUCAAUCGAUGAAUAUAAUAUACCUAUGAGCAUAUGCACAAAUGGCAACAUUGAUAUUCUUGAGAGCUACUUGGCUGCCACCGACUACCAUCCACUUCCAAACAAGACUAUCACGCAACUUCCCAAGGCAAUCGACAAAGGAAACAUUCAGUUCAUUCAUCUAUGGCUCAAACAUACACCAUUCCAACGUGAAGCACGUGAGAGAAGCGAAGAGAAUGUCAAGAUCAAGUUCAAGAAUGGGCGAGGCAUCACACUUGGCAUGCUCAGAAUGUUGCACGAGGAGUUCCAAUGUCUGUUCAUGUUCACCGACGUCUGGCCCGCAAUACUGUUGCACUCGGUCAAGCACAACUUGCCAGAAUGUGUUCAAUACAUGAUUGACAAUUUGCCUGAUGGCUGCCGGUUGAAACAGAGCAGCGAGGCCUACGACCCCAACGUAUUGUUGAUGGACAUGGGCGCCAAAUGUCUCGAGGAAGGCCAUUUCAGCGACUACGAAAUCACUAUGGCGCUGGAUCGUGGUCGCGAGAACUUCCUCAAUCACCUCCUCCAAUAUCACCUUGACGAUGGAACUUUGAGAAACGAGGAAAAGUUACUCUCAUGUUUUAUGUCAGAGGGCAAAGGCAGACUUCGCGUCACUCCAAGCGCAGCCAUUCUCCACGAUGACUUUGUGAGCAUGGAGAUAUUCGCCCAGGAGCGAGUGGAGAUCAACUUGAAUAACAAACAAUGUCGAAAAAUGUCCUUGUCAAUGGUGCGCUGCAUUGCCAAUAUGCACUCACCACCUCUGGUGCUCAGCAGCCGAACAUUGAAGGAGAUGAUGCUGGUGCCCCACCUAUUCACCUCGGACAUCAUGUGCCAGAUCUUGAACAACGUCGACAUCCCAACAAACAUUGCAACAAUACGCUCUAUGCAAUGUCUGAUGAAGGUUGCAGCUGGUCACUCAAUGGAUAUCGCGCAUAUUCUCCACACUCGCUUCGGCUUGGACUAUAACUUAGAGUGUGUGACGGAGGCACUGACCAACCUACGAGACCAGAAGACAUUUGAAUCAAUCCUCCAACAUGUUUACCUAUAUACCAAUCGAAUCAAGGAGGCUGUUCACACUUACAUCGAACAACAACAAUCAUUGAGUGCGGUGGUCUUUGUCAUUGAUCAGAUGAACAUUGUGAGGAAUGACCCAGUCACGUGCAAGCAUGCCACUAUCAAUCCAAACAUCGCAGUGUUUGAACAUGUGUUCAAACUGUUCACUUUGGAUCAGCUGGAUAAAGAUGGCCAUAUCAAUGCAAUUUUCAAUGAAGCAAUGAAUGGUGACAGGAUGGACAUUGUCAACAUGAUCCAACAACGAUGCAUCUUCGAGAGAGGCAAAGGUGUAGUGUUGGAUGCAUCACCAAUGAGACUCAAACAAUUGACCUUGAAGAAUUGUUUCAAGUCGUUGGCCUACUUGUUCAACCACCCUCCAUUCAUCGACAUGCCAAAGAUGGACCAGUUGCGCAUGAUUCACAUCGUCAAGGACCUUGGAUACCAGAACUUAAAGCAGCGAGUGGUAACAAUUUGUCUUGAUCAGAUCACUUUAAUAUCAAAAAGGUACAGCAGGAGGACGACUCAAAGACCAAACAACUUGUCAGAGCUGAACCAUGUCAUUCAUUCAGUGUUCAGUGACGCGAAGCUUGGCAAACUGAUCAUGGAGCACAUUGGACAUAUUCACAGAUCAUGGGGAUUGAAAGAGUACCAACUGAUCAAGGGUGCCAAACUUCUUGAUUAUCAUUGUCUGGACUAUUAUCUAUAUUUUGGUGCGACUGAAUGGUUUCUCAAGGGCUACAACGACACAUUCUUACCAACCAUAGGCAACAACAAUCAACACCAUCACAAUAGUGACCUACUCGAGAUGGCAUUGUCAUUUUGCAACAAACGAGUUGCUGAGGUACUUUUGGCCAACCCCAAGAUGUCGUUCAGAGUUGUUGAUGAGAGGAAUCCCAUCAGCGCGUUCUUUGUCGCACAGCUAUCAAAAUGCGCUCAUCCUGAUUGGGAGUGGGCACUCGAUCAGUACUUCAAGCUCCUGGGCCUGCCGUCCAAAACCGAAAUUGACAGAGAUACUAUGCAAUAUAUACGACAUCCAUCAUUCCUACGUAAACUCAAGUAUCAUGGAAUUGGCCUAAUGAAGUUCAAUCAAGGGGAUGCAAACAUGGUCACAUUGAUGUGGCUCGAAGAGCCCUAUGCAUUGGAGAUGCUAGAGUUGCUCAAAGAACUCUCACUCCUCACCGAUGUCAAUCUCCAAUCGACUCUACUUGUGGCAGCGGUCAGUCUCGGUCUGACAUCGAUCGUUAGAUACUUAAUCGACACGUACGAGAAUUAUAUGGAUAUUUCAGAUGCUAUGGAUGCAUGUUGCCAAUAUGGUCGAUUGGAGUAUUUGGAGUGGUUGUUGCCAUGCAGCUUGAACAAAAGACCAUCUGGCAAACAGUCAUUUGGGAUUGCUGUUGAGCAUGGUCAGCUGGCCAUGGCACAGAGGAUGAGCACUGUCAUCACGUCCACUGGCGAUCGUCAUCUCAACCGAUUGAGCAAGAUCACCAAAGUUUUGGAAGAUGGCAACUUGCAGAUGGUCAACUUCCUGCUCGACAUCAGUGCCGACAUGCCCAAGAACAAGGACUCAAAAACAACAGUCAACAAUAUCAAUCCCAAGAUAUUGACAAUUGAUUUGUUGGAGCGAUUGAUGGCCAAUCCCAACAUCAAAUGCAACUUUGCACAAGUGAUGGGACAGGCUAUCAAAUUUUGCAUUGAGCGUUGCAUCUAA